CUCGGUGGAGAUCAUGACUGCAAGCUGGUAGAAUGCACUAAUGCCGUUACAAGAAUAAGCACAUCGUCAAGUGGCUGCAGCCACCUAGGAUGGCAUUUCAUACAGUCAGUACUAUACUCGAAGCCUGAUCUUCAGACAUCUAGAAAUGUUAGUAAAGAGUUUCAGAAGAAUAAGCAGAAAUCAAGCAGCAGUAGUAGUGGUAUAAGUACUACUGCAGCCAGCCAAAGUUAUUCUUCUUCGCUUGAUAUUAAGCCAUCUCCUUCAGUUUCUUCUGCAGAGGCACCCCGCGGAAGGCCGAAGCGAGCACUUCUUUGUGGGGUUACUCACCGGAAUAAGACAUACAGCCUCAGCGGAACUAUUAAUGAUGUGAGAGACAUGAAAAAUUUGUUGAUUCAACACUUCGGUUAUCCUCGGGAGUGUAUUCGCAUCCUCACAGAAGAAGAUGAAGGAAGUGAUUUUACUCCAACUAAGAAGAAUAUCCAAGACUCCUUAAAAUGGCUUGUGGAGGGUUCAGAGUCUGGAGAUUUACUGGUGUUCUACUACUCCGGACAUGGCUUACGACAACCUGAUGUCACAAACGAAGAGCUCGAUGGGUUUGAUGAAACAAUCUGUCCGGUUGACUUUAUGCAAGAGGGGAUGAUCCUUGAUAACGAGAUACAUUCCACCAUAGUUCGGCCGCUCAAGGAGGGUGUCACACUUCAUGCAAUUGUCGAUGCUUGUCAUAGUGGAACCAUUCUUGAUCUAGACUACACAUACGACCUACAGAGGAAGGACUGGGAAAGCAACAGACCUCCAUCAAAAUUAGCAGACAAAAGUAGUGCAAGCGGUACUGGAUUGGCAAUUUGUCUAAGUGCUUGUGGAGAUGAUCAGAUGACUUCCGAUACCAAUGCUUUCUCGAAAAAGGAAAUGAAUGGUGCAAUGACCUCUAUUUUGAUCCAAAUGGUUGGGAAGGAUUCUGAAAUAACGUACGAAGUUCUACUCGACAAAAUGCACGACUUUAUUCAACAAGUUAACAAUAAAAGCAUGAUCCUCAAUUCGAGGUUCUUACAGAGAAUUUUUCAUCGCAAAAAAUUAGAGGAUCCUCUGCUAUCAUCGUCUCAGAAAUUCGAGGUUUCCUUGAAGAAGUUUUUGCAGUAGAUCAUACAUAUGUAUGGGAUUUGCCGUCGACAUUGCAACGAUCGUCAAAUUAAACACAGUUGGAAUAACUGUACCUUUUUGCAAAAGGCCAGUUUUUGUGUGCAGAAUGAGGAAUAUAUAUAAUAAAUAAUCAAAAUAAUAAUUAAUUACUGCUUGGCGUGGAAUACUUCCUGCAUGCCCUGCAGUCUAUAUAAUAUCAUGUAUUUGUUAUGGUUCUUCAGUAAAUCUUAAAUAUGCAAUAUUUCGUUGUAA